AUGCCUGCUGACGAAGUUAAGAUGCUUCAACUGAGAUCUUUUUUUGCAGAGGAAGAUGAUGAUGGCGUUGUUGCCAAUGUCGUGUUGCUGGUAAUACUGUUAUUGUUGACGGAACUUUUCGAGAUCGCCUUGGCCGAUGAAAUCGACUGCUCCGAUGUCUUGAUAGUGGAAGUGGACGACUGCACCGAACAUGGUCGCUGUGGAGGUGAAAGGACGCCACUCGGUGCUGCGAUUUCCGACGCGUACUAUAACAGAUUCAUUGUUGUGUUGCUGGUAAUACUGUUAUUGUUGACGGAACUUUUCGAGAUUGCCUUGGCCGAUGAAAUCGACUGCUCCGAUGUUUUGAUAGUGGAAGUAGACGACUGCACCGAACAUGGUCGCUGUGGAGGUGAAAGGACGCCACUCGGUGCUGCGAUUUCCGACGCGUACUACAACAGAUUCACGUAG